AGCACAGAGUUUAAUUUACCGCUGACUGGUUUUCCUUUCAUAGCACGCAGAUUUCCUGACAUGCGUAGAAGUGAAAAUAAUAUUUGACAAUGGCUGAAAAGGCAACUAAAGAGCGGUUACUGUCUGUUUUGGAUGAUUUGGAAGUUUUAUCCAGGGAGCUGAUAGAAAUGCUGGCCUUAUCCAGAAGCCAGAAACUCCCGCAAGCAGGCGAGGAUACACAGAUCCUAGAUCUGCUGGUCCAGAGGGACAGGGAGUUGCAGGAGCUGAUGGAUGUGGGCAGGGAGCAGGGCCGGGUCCAGGAGGAGAUGCUCCUCCUGGAGAAAGAGGUGGAGAAGAGAGACAGCGACAUCCAACAACUCCAGAAACAGCUGAAGGAGGCAGAACACAUCCUGGCCACAGCUGUCUAUCAAGCAAAGGAGAAACUGAAAUCUAUUGACAAAGCCAAGAAGGGGAGCAUCUCAUCGGAGGAACUCAUCAAGUACGCUCACCGGAUCAGUGCCAGCAACGCUGUGUGCGCUCCACUCAACUGGCUCCCAGGCGAUCCUCGCAGGCCAUAUCCAACAGACAUGGAGAUGCGUAGUGGACUGCUGGGUCACAUGGCUAACCUGCCGACCAAUGGCGUGAACGGACAUCUGCCAGGUGACGCACUGGCUGCUGGGAGAUUGCCAGACGUCUUGACCCCCCAGUACCCCUGGCAGUCUUCUGACGUUUCCGUGGGGAUGCUGCCCCCUCACCAUGGCAACGACUUUGGUCUGGAGCCGCCCGGUCAUAACAAGGAGAACGAGGAUGAGGUGGAGGCCAUGUCAACGGACUCUUCCAGCAGCAGCAGUGACUCUGACUGAGAGAGAGAGAGAGAGAGAGAGAGAGAGAGAGAGAGAGAGAGAGAGAGAGAGAGAGAGAGAGAGAGAGAGAGAGAGAGAGGGAGA